CUCGACAAGUAGCAGGACCUCCGCCAUCUUUGUCACAUGUCCAUGAUAUUCCUCUCACAUGACCUGUUGUUUGGCCCCGUGAUCAAGCUGAAAUAAUCCUGGUAAAUUCAAAACAGCGCAAACGUCCACAUGGAUAUACUGGACGAGGCUUUAGAUGGAAGCCAAGGGAAGGAUGAUUCUGCUGCCUCAGAUGAAGUACAGAUUACACAAGCAGAUGAUGAUCAGUCUGGGUUGACACAAGGUGGACAGUUAACUAUAGAUCCAACUAACUUACAGUACCAGUUUAGAGCUGAUACAGGGCAAGGGGCGGUAACAUACAGAGUGGUACAGGUUGCUACCCAGGAUGGGACAGAGCAUCAAGCCCAGGUUGUCUCCACCACAGGGUUCCCAGCUGGUGCACAGGCAGUGAUACAGAGUCCAUUUAACAACGGCAGCCCUACAGGUGAUGCCCAACCAGACACAAGGUUUACAUAUUUCCCGGCAUCAGUGGCUGGCGGGGCUGGGGACGUGGUCACCACACAGGCAGAUGGUGCCGUUGCUCUGGCAGGACAAGGGGGUCUACCGGCAGGAGCCUGGCAACAAGAGAAUGCUCAAGGGCAGUUUUAUGUGAUGAUGUCACCACAGGAUGUUUUACAAGGGCAGAGAAAUAUUGCCCCUAGAACGAAUUUCCAGCCAAAAAUAGAAGGUGGUCGUACAUCCAGGGACGACAGGAGAAGGGCAACGCAUAAUGAAGUUGAGAGAAGAAGGCGAGAUAAAAUCAACAAUUGGAUUGUACAGCUGUCUAAGUUAGUACCUGAUUGUUCUGCAGAGCAAUCUAAAGCUGGACAACUUGGGAGUAAAGGAGGAAUCUUAUCAAAAGCGUGUGACUAUAUAACUGAUCUGCGUCAAGCUAACGGUAGAUUGAACGAAACUGUGAAAGAAACUGAACGUCUCAAUGUCGACAACGAAUUGUUGCGUCAGCAAAUCGAAGAACUUAAAAAUGAGAAUAUGUUAUUACGGACUACUUUACAACAACAUGGAAUUGUUCCUCCCGACACAGCUGUUGGAAAUUCAUGAGCUUCUAGAAUAGAAUGUGUACAUUCCUUGGAAAUUGUUUAAUAUACUGCAGUACAGUGAUGUAUUGGUUACUGCAAAAUCAAAUUUUAUUACUCUGUCUGUUAUAUGAAAGACCCCUUUGUUAUAAUAUAUGAGGUCUUUGUGUUGAAAAGGGGUCAUUUGCUAGAAAAAUCAACAUUUUUAAUGGCAAAAAUGUAUUUUUGUUCUGGCGAUUUUUGCUAUGGUUUGGUAAAGUAAUGCAGCAUCAUUUUGACUUGAAUUUGCGAUAAAAACAAAACAUUUGACACAAGAUAUUUGUGAUUCAACAAUUUUAUCUUUUGUCUGAUUUAUGAAGUAAAGGAUAAGAUGUAACAAAAUUGCUUUCUUUACCUGUUUUGUACUCCAAUGAAAAAUGUCAGUAUGAGCAGAAUAAUUAAGUUAGUUUUUAAACAUUAAAAUGUUAUGUUCUUUUCUGAAAUCAGUAACAAUUUAAUAUAUAUGUCUUGUUAAUGAAUGUAGAGAAUACAAGAUAUGUAUUCAUACAGUAUUGAUGGUCCAUUUUGAACACAAAGACCCCUAUAUGUUCAGCCAAUUUUUAAAAAAAAAAUCAGAAAUAUGCAAUUUAAAAUCAAAUUUUAACUUACUCAUAUAUUAUAAUAUGAAUAUCAUAUAACCAGCAAAGUGUUUCAAAGGCAGCUUUGUAAAGAAAUAAUAUUUUGCAUUAAGCAUAAAGAUAGUAAGUCACAACAGAGUGUUACACAAAUUACUUUCAUUUUUUUUACCAUGUUAAUAAUGCGUUAAUUCAAUGAAAUGAUAUAAUUUAUUUAUCAGUUACUGUUACUGUAAAGUUAUUUUUCAUUUAAUACUGAAAAAAAAUUGCAUGAAUCGGGAGACAUGCUGCUUUAAUUGAUAGAUUUUUUAGCUUGUCUAUUUUGAAGAAAAAAUCCAGCUAUUAUAAUCACUUCGAAAGUCGUUGUUGAGAUGCAAAAACUUUAAUGUAGUAAUGUAGCCCAUUAUUCGAACAUUUUAAAAGUUAUUAAUAUAAAAUUAAAAUUACUUGCUUAUCAUGACAAGGUGCAGUUGGGCAUAAUUUUGAAAGCUUUAAUUUUGGACUUAAGCCCUUUUUAAACUUUGAAUUUUUGUCAAAACUUUUUUUUAGCAGUCGAGCAUUAACAUUGCAUGCGAUGCUCUUGUUUUUAAGUUUAGACUAAAAAAUGAAUUGUAUAUUUCUAGAAGAUGAAAUCUAGAUUUGAAUACGGGCAUUUUAUCCAUGCCAGAUAUUUUACUCUUGUUAUCUUACAGGAACUAUUUUAUGUUAUACUGUUUAUGUAAUGUAAGCUUUAAAAUAAUUAUUCAUAUUUUGUUGUCAGUAAAUAUAUGUUUUUAAGUUUUGUUAUGAUGUCCUUGAUUUUAUAAAUAUAUGUCUGAAAAGUCAAUCUUAAAUAUAUAUACUACAGUAGUUUUGAGGUAAAUUUCUCAGACAAGAAAAAUGUAGGGAUGUACAUUUUAGCCUCAUUUUAAUAAGACUAUAAUAGUUAUUAUAGAUUGAUAGGAAUACAAAAAAAAUCUGUGAAUAUGAUUGAGGGAAGCAACUUUAUUUUAAUUUUAAAGUAUUUGGAAAUGUCUCGGGCAUUAAAUUCUAUAUCUAAACAAUUCAUUUGAAAUACUUUUGUUUGUAACCAGGUUUUACAUAUUGAUUUAAUUAAAAUUUUGACUCUUGAAAUGACUCUUUGACCCAUCAAAUUUCCUUAUCGCCUGAUUUGACCUUCAGGAUUUAAAAUGGAGGGUCAAAUUUUGUUAAAAUCAAGGUGACUUGGCCUUGUAAUUGGCUAAACUUACACCAUACUGGUCAAAAUGACCCUCAGGAUUCCAUGGAUUGCGGAACUCCUAUUAAAAGAAGUUUAGUGAAAGUUCAUUAUGAUGAAAUUGUUUUACUUCUAACUUUCUUCUAUUGUUUGUGUUCAGUGUAGUGGUCAAUUUC